AUGCAGCAAACAUUGAAAAAUUAUCCAUCAUAUAUCCCUUUAAAGCAUUAUCAGCUUGAUAUUUGUGAUGAAAAUGCGCUUAAGAAAGCAUUUAACUCGGUGACAAUCGUAUUUCAUUGCGCUGGUAAAUCAUUGGAAUAUUUACAUGAUGGCAUUAAUCAUAUUGAUCAGUACUGGUGUGAUAAUACCAAUGCAACGGAAAUUCUGUUAAAAGUUAUGCAUGAACAAAAGAUAUCGUAUUUGGUUUAUGUAAGUGAUGCGUAUGCAAAUUUACCUAUUGGUGAUAAUUUUGGCUUAUCAGAGCAAGUGCAUCUUGGUUUUCCAAAAAAUUUCAUGCUUGGAAUUUAUGGAGAAUCGAAAAUACGGGCGGAAAUGUGCGUUCGAAAAGCUGCUGCUAAGGGUCAAAUAAAUGCACUAAUUUUACGUCCAACAUUUAUCUAUGGUGAAGGUGAAAAGCAUUUGCUAAAUUCGGCACUGAAAUUAUGUGCAAUUUAUGGUGGUAUCCCAUAUUUACAGGAUCAGAAUAGAGGACAUCAUCAGUUCCUUUAUGCGGGUAAUAUGGCUGCGAUAAUGUUACGUGGAAUGGUAUGCUUGAAAGAAGAUCCAGAGCGAUACAAUGGUGAAGUGGUAAUUUGUAUGGAUUGUACACCAUGUACACGAUUUAUUGAUUUUAUGGAACCAUUUUUGGAAGCAAAAGGUUUGAAGCGUAUAUCAACAUCAAAUUAUUUACAAACGCAUUUCAUGGGAAUAUUUUAUGAAAUUUUGAAUAAAUUUGCUCCAAAAAAUUCUUACGGCCAUUUGACAUUAUUGGCGAAUAAAUUUAUCAAUUGUUGGUCAAUAGGAUUUUCCAAUCGUAAGUUGCGUUUAUUACUUGAUUUUGUGCCACCUUAUGAGCAAUCGGAAGCAGUGGAGCAAUCAUUACGUUGGCAUCGCAAAAAUGGACAAACCUUUGGAAAUCACAAUGGAAUAGUGAAAAUGAAAUAAAUUUUUGAGUAAAACAUACAAAUUGCUGAUAUAUAAUUUAUAAGCAGUGCCAUUAAUAAUACUAUUAAUAAAUGAUAAUAGUAUUAAUGAUACUAUGCUAAUAACAAUGAUAAUAAAAAC